AUGGAACGAAUAACAAACAAUGAUGGAUCAAUAAAUGUGAAUGCGCUCGAUCAAAUAGUAGACACGUUUUACAAAGGAACAGGGCCGGAACAAGAAGAAGCUCAAAUUAUCCUUGAUACAUUUCAGAAAGAGCCUUACUCUUGGUCUUUCAUAGACAAAAUCAUUCAAGAUUCUAAGAAUGAUCAAACUAAAUUUAUCAGCCUAUCGAUCUUAGACAAUACAAUCCAAAAGCAAUGGAAUACACUGCCUAUCGAGCAAAAACUGGGGAUACGAAAUUUUCUAGUUGGUAUGAUUCGAUCAUUAUGCCAAGACAAGAAUCGUUUCCGUGCGACAAAAGGCCUUCUGCAGAAGGCAGACUUAACGUUGAUAGAUAUUUUGAAACAUGAAUGGCCUGACCACUGGGAUGAUUUCAUUCCAGAGUUGACCGUACUCUCCUCACAAACACUUGAAGUAUGCCAAAAUAAUGUUUAUAUAUUGAGGUUGUUAAGCGAAGAAAUAUUUGAUUUGGCACCUAAGCGAAUAACUCAAGCAAAACUUUUACAUUUAAAGGAAGCGAUUUCCAAUCAAGUCGACCAGAUUUUUCAAUAUUUCAUAUCAAUUCUUGAGUCAACUAUUUCACCUUCAGUACGCCGAGCAACAUCUGAAAGUAUACUUUGUUAUUUACAAUGGAUCCCGUUAAACUAUAUAUAUGAGACAGAGUUGAUCGAACUUUUAAUUUCACAAGUAGUAACAGUAGCUGAAACAAGACCAAUAACCCUGAAGUGUUUAAUGAGCAUAAUCGAAAUCGAUAUACCUGAAGACGAUUUUUACAAUGAAAGGAAAAGCCGUGCCCUACAAAUCUUUGAUACAGUUAUAAACAUGAUUAAGUCAUCCCAUGUGCCAAAUAAAUCCGGCUUACUUAAUACAAAUGACUCAGAUGAAGUGUUUCAAGAGAGCAUGAUUGAUUUCAUAAAAACUUUUCUUAUUAAGUAUAGAUCCACACUAGAGAAUGAUGGAAGAAGGCAGGAGCUAGAAAUAACCCACCAAUACCUGCUUGAAUCAAAAAAUAUUUCCGAACCUGAGCUGUUCAGAAAUAUCUUAGAAUAUUGGAAAGACUUAGCAUUUAAAUUGAACAUUUUAAGUGACCAACAUCGUAUGCUAGUAAAAGAUCCUGUUAUGUCCGCUGAAGAAAGUGCUUUCUACCAAAAAGUAUCAUUUUAUCAAAAUUAUCUUUCCGAGCUAUCUUCAAUAAUAAUUGAUAAUAUGGAAAAACCGGAGGAAGUUGUUAGUAUAAUAGACGAGGAUGAGGAUGAGUUAAUAACAAAAAUUAUAGUUGAUGGAGAAGAAAAUGAAAUAUAUUUACUGGAGAAGGAAGUCCUAAGAUACACGGCCAAUUUAGAUAGAUUUUUAAAUAUUCAAAAAAUAUUUUACCAAGAAUUUACUUCACUUGACACGUCUGAAGGGUGGUCAAUAACCAAAUUAAAUUCGUUGUGCUGGGCUCUUGGUGCUAUCCCCAAGUGUCUCGAGUAUGAAGAUGAAAGAAAACUACUUCUUACCUUUUUAGAGGGAUUAUCCAACUUUUCAAUGAGAAAAGCAGACAAAAAGGAUAAAAUUGCGUGCAUUUCAAAUAUUCUUUACCUUUCUAGUCGAUACCCAAAAUCAUUGAACAGUGACAAGGUACGUCUAGAGAAUAUCAUAAUUGACAUAUUCAAGAUUAUAAAAGCAUUCACAGAACUUCAAAGUAUGGCUUGUGACACUUUCAUGAAAAUUGUUCAACAGUGCAAAUAUGACUUGAUAAAUUCAAUAUGGGGAGAGCCUCUUUUGUUUAUGAAGACGAUUAUAGGAGAAUUGGAACAAUGUAUACCCGUGUUAGAACACGAUAAUGUCAAUAUUCUUUAUGAGUCCUGCGGAUUACUAAUUACAGAGGUGAAAAAUGCAAUUGAAAAAGAACAGUUGAUGGAAUUUUUGAUGGCUAAACCUAAAGCAAUUUGGGGUGAGGUUACAUUAAAAGUUCAAAAUGAUUUUUCAAUCUUACUGGAUUCUAGAUUCCGAAAAGUUGUUAUGCACUCACUACAAAUGUAUAGCGCAGUUUGCAAAACCACUGGGCCCGAUUUCUUUUACCAAUUUCAAUUAAUAUAUCCCCAACUUCUACAGUUAUACGCCUUAACUACUUCAAUUCUAAGAAAUAAGUGUGGUUCUAUUGCAUCCGGUAUCUCAACAUUACAUGAUUUGCUAGUUAUCCAAAAAGGGAUCCUUAAAUUAAUUGAGUUAUAUAUUUCUAAAAGCAAAAGUCCACAUGUUAUCGUUAAUAAAUUUAUUAAUCCAUUGUUUGAAACAAUCUUGAAUGAUUAUAAAAAGGAGGACGCAGAAAUGAAAAAUCCAGAAGUUUUGAAUUGUUUAACUGUUAUAGUUACCAAAGUGGGUUCGUUGAUUCAAGAAAAGGUCACGUUGAUAUUAGAAUUUUUCCUCGAAUGUACCGUAGAAAUGAUUGAUAAGAAUUUUGAUGACUAUUCAGAAAUACAGCAUUGCCUUUACGAGUUUAUAAAUGCUACUGUUAAAGAAACAUUUCAAUCCGUAUUAGAAUUACCUGAGUCAUACGUUGGGAUAUUUUUCAAAAACAUUCUUUGGGCCAUCCAAGAUCCAAGGAGUGAAAUUCAAGAUAUUGGCUUUCAAUUGGCUAAUAAGAUAACCUCAAACAUACAUAGUUUGGAAAAUACAACUUUUACAUUGCAGUUCUAUAAAUAUUACUAUCUGGAAUUUGUUUGUCAGACGUUCAGUGUCAUGACCGAUACUUGCCACCAAUCUGAAUUUGUAGAACAAUCUAUCCUGCUAAUGAACCUUAUUUCAAUGGUUUUUGACAAUAAAGUCGUCAUUCAAUUAGAUAGCAACAAACUAUUGGGCAAUGAAGGAUAUUUGAGGAAAUUCAUAUCCUCUUUGAUCUCAAGUGCAUUUCCUCAUGUAGAGGAUAUAGAAAUUACGAAUUUCCUGAAUUCAUUGCUCGUUCAUUUAAAGGACCCUUCAAUAUUUAGGAGAGUGCUAAGGGACUUUUUAAUCCAACUUAAGGAAUCGCAUGCAGAUCUAAAUAAUUAUUUGGAUGUUGAACAAAGAGAGAAAACGCUGUGGCAAAGCCACAAAUUAGAACGUCAACCGAUUUCGAGAUUAGAAGAUAAUUAA